AUGUCCCAGGUUUUGACAGAAGAACAAGAACAGGCUGCAAAACAUUUUAUUGAAGUUGUUAAUAAGUUAAAGAAACAUAGGUGUUCCAGCCCUUUGUCAUGGAGUUGUGCUAUUAAAUUUUUAGCUGCUAGGAAGUAUGAUGUACAAAGGGCUGUAACUCUUUAUGAACAACAUGAAUUGACAAGGCACAGAGAAGGUCUUGUUUAUUUUGAUACAAAUGCUGAACCUUUAAAAUCUGAAUUAAAUACUGGAAAAUUUACAAUUUUGCCCGGGAGAGAUGCUUCAGGCGCAGCGGUUGCAUUAUUUAGAGCUCACAUGCAUCAUCCUUCAUUAUCAUCUCAUCAGACAACAUUACAGGGUGUAGUAUAUCAACUCGACGUAGCUUUAGAUAGUCCAGAGACUCAAAAAAAUGGUCUAGUCUUUAUAUAUGAUAUGUCAGAUUCCAAAUAUUCAAACUUUGAUUACGAUUUUAGUCAAAAAAUUCUCCCGCUCUUAAAGGGCGGAUAUCCUGCCAAAUUAAAAAAAGUUUUAAUUGUCACUGCGCCGCUUUGGUUUAAAGCACCUUUUAAAAUUCUGAGGUUGUUUGUACGUGAAAAAUUAAGAGACAGAGUUUUUACUAUAAGCAUACCCCAGCUACCCAUACACAUUCCACGUGAAUCACUUCCAACGAUAUUAGGAGGCACAUUGGAAAUUGAUCACGAUGCCUGGUUGCGUCACUGUCGUUUAAGCACAUCCAGUAUAAACCGGCAAAACGAGUCUUUAGAUAAAACGACGACGAAUCUUUAUCAAGAAAUAAAUAAUUUAGAUAAAAAGAUUAUGCUUAUGAAAGAUUCUAAUGAAGAUUAUUCGGUGGAAAAAAAAAAUGAACCUUCUCCGGAAAAACAUCCAAGGCUUUCACACUAUUCUAAUUCUGGAGAAGAACACGACGAAGAAAUUUCCAAAACGUUAGAUGCAAUCAAUUGGAACCGAAGAGAAUCUAAUAGUGGUUGUAACUCUUCCACUCCUCCUCCACCAUCAUCCGCUAGCAGCGGUUUUUCUGACGAUGAUUCUCUACACUGUGACGUCAAUAGUCCCUCUUUUAGUAUUGAGCAAUUUGUAGAUCACGUCAGGCUAAAAGGUCGUAAAGGUUUAAUGGCAGAAUAUUCAGAAAUUCGGGAAAAACCUCCUGAUGGUUCUUUUAAUAUAGCCAGAAUGAAACAAAAUUUAGUUAAAAACAGAUACACCGAUGUGUUGUGCUACGACCAUUCAAGAGUGUUGUUAUCUCAACAAAGUAACGAUCCAAAUUCUGAUUACAUAAAUGCCAAUUACGUUGACGGGUACAAACAGAAAAACGCCUUCAUUUCUACCCAGGGGCCUUUACCCAAAACAGCUCCAGAUUUUUGGAGAAUGGUUUGGGAACAAAAUUGUUUGGUUAUAGUGAUGACCACAAAAGUUAUGGAAAGAGGGAAAACAAAAUGUUAUCAAUACUGGGAACCUCAAGAAGGAGGAACCGUUCACGGGAAUUUCACCGUUCGGACUUUAUCCAUUGAUUUAUUUACAGAUUUCACAGUUUACAGGCUGGAGUUGGUCAACCUCAAGAGCGAAGAAGUUCGAGAAAUUUAUCAUUUUCAAUUUACAUCAUGGCCGGAUUAUGGUACCCCACACAGCGCUUUGGCAAUGUUAGAUUUCUUAGAAAGAGUCAGAUUGCAACAGGCUAACAUGGUGGCUUUAUUAGGAGAUACUUGGGCUGGGCAUCCCAGAGGACCUCCGAUAGUUGUCCACUGUAGCGCCGGUAUUGGAAGGACGGGGACAUUUUGUACAAUAGAUAUAUGUAUAAGUCGAUUGCAAGAUGUUGGAACUGUUGAUUCGAUCUCACCGAACUGGAAAUAA